AUGUGUGUAGGUAAGCACAAGCGAGCCAUUCGAGACCCUCAGAAACAUAUUAUGAAGGCUCAGAGAAGAGGUGUUUCUGUCCUUAUCUGUUUCAUCCCAUGCACAGCAAUGCAAAAUCACCUCAAUUACGUAUUGCUGCCCCACUAUCCACCGAAACGCCUCCCUUUUAGUAAUGGACAACGAGAAAAUGCUAGCGCGGCCAGCGGCACAGAAGAAAAAGGAGAGAAGUUAAGCUAUGGUCUGCAGCGAUUCACCCAGGUCGCAAACUUGGCGCACCUUAUCACCUGA